CAAGGGCCAAGUCAGAGUGAGGAAAGGGCUGUUCCACUUGGAGGGAGCGAACAUUUCGCAAGGCAGCGCACAGCGCUCCCAGGGAGCCGAGUCAGCUCGGGAGGAGUCACACACAGAGAGAGGGAGAGAGCGUUAAAACCCGCCAACUGGUGACUGUGAACCAGUGUCUGCAGCAGGUUACAACACACAGGAGAGAGAGAGAGAGGUUAAACACAAUGAAGAGCUCCUUUUCCAUUUGCUUGGUGCCCUUCCUCGCUGUUGCCUUUGCGCAUACAUUUGAACCUUCACUGGAUGAAGCUUGGUUGAACUGGAAGUCAUUUCAUAAUAAGGAGUAUGCUGAGGAUGAAGGCAAUUAUAGAAGGAUGGUGUGGGAGAAAAAUUUGAAACAAAUUCAGCUUCAUAAUCUCGAGCACUCGAUGGGGAAGCACACGUACCAGCUGGGGAUGAAUCACUUUGGAGAUCUUACAACUGAUGAAUUCCAACAAUUCAUGGAUCAAGUCCACCGGCUUGAAAUGAUGAACUCAACCAGGAAAGACCAUGCUUCAGCUGGGCCCAAACCAUUCCGCCUUCCUCAGAGCAUUGACUGGAGGGCCAAGGGUUAUGUUACUCCAGUGAAAAACCAGCAUGCCUGUGGCUCCUGCUGGGCUUUCAGUGCAGUUGGUGCCCUUGAAGGACAGACAUUCAAGAAGAUAGGAAAACUCAUCUCUUUGAGUGAACAGAACUUGGUCGAUUGCUCCAAUGCGGAGGGUAACCAUGGAUGCAAAGGCGGGCUGAUGGAAUUUGCCUUCAACUAUGUUCAGUCUAAUGGUGGGAUUGACACAGAGGAUUAUUACCCAUACACUGCACAGGAAGGCACCUGUAAAUAUAAUCCCAAUUACAGUCCAACCACUUGCCAUGGCUACAGGUUUGUAGCCAGAGGUAAUGAAACUGCGCUAGCUGAAGCAGUGGCCACUGUUGGACCAAUAUCAGUCGCUAUUGAUGCAAAACAACCAUCAUUUCAAUUUUACAGAUCAGGUGUUUACUACGAACCAAACUGCAAAAACAUUGAUAUCAAUCAUGGAGUGCUGGUAGUGGGAUAUGGAACUGAAAAUGGUCAUAACUACUGGAUCGUUAAAAACAGUUUUGGACUAUGGUGGGGUGACAAAGGCUACAUCAAGAUGUCCAAGGACAGAGGCAACAACUGUGGAAUUGCUAACUACGCAGUGUACCCUCUUGUUUAGAAAGCCGAAGAGAGUAAUUUCUCUAUAAAACAAAACUUCCUGCACUUUUUACAAUGUUAAACAUUUUUACUCGCUACAGUAUGGUUAUUCACUUAUUACAGGCCCUGGAUUAUGAGGAAAUUCUGGCUUCUUCCCUGAAAAGAUCUCUCCAGUUUAUGUGAUAUUAUUCUGACAAAGUUAAUGAUUUCAAUUGUGGACUCACUCAGAAUGAACCUGUCGUUAAAUUUGAUAUGAAAUAAGCCCCCUCCAAGGAGUGAAGUUACCAUUAAAUGUACAUUUCUUUGAAGAAGGCUGCAGUGAAUAGACCACAUUAAAUUUAAGCAGUGGAAACGCCAAGCCACUAUUUUCAGUAUUCCUGACCAUUAAUCUUUCCUUUCAAUUUUGUGAAGUCAUUCCAUACUGGAAUCUAGAGUCCCCCACAAUGACUUUGAUAAUGAAUUGGGGAUCUGUAUAUAAAUAAAAAGAACCAAAUUACCCUUUGUCAAAUGCAUUCUACAUUAAGAGCUUGGCUGGGUGUGUGAGCUACUGCAUUUAAUUUGAUAAUAAACAGCAUAUGUGGGAUUCCCUGAAAUCCCUGACUAAUGUAACUUUUUUCUAAACAGACUCCACCCUGUUCAAUGGAAAAUAUUUGAGGCGACUGGCAGUAACUUAGCAGAACUCUCCCCCCAAAAUGAAUGUUUAAAAAUGAACUCUCCUGUCGUUGGAUAAUCUUGUGUGGCACUGAAACAUACACAUAAGUGUCACAGUUGACUCCUGGUUGGGUUAAUUAUAUUGGUUGAGGGCAGUGACAAGGAAUUUCCAUUGUUCUGAGCAUUUCCUGACCAGGAAGCAGUUAUUCAGUGAUGACUCAUGCUCCUGAGCUUUCUAUAGAUUCUCCGGAAAUGUACCAAAGUUUUAAAAUCAGUUGGGACAGCAUUUGUUGUUUUCACUGGCAUUGGCCCCACUCACCACUUGAGCAUAUAUUCGAAGAGUAGCCUCUUGGGUGAGACAUUGGAAGGAGCCUCGGGGGUCAGACUGUGAGUUGGGAGUUCAGCAGUAACUAACCUCUCGGUUAAUUUUCAUGCAGAACUUGCUUGAUCUUGGUUUUUGAGGCAAAGCACGUCUCACUUGCGUGUGCCAUGGACGCACCAGUGGGCUUUUCAAACUAAUGAUAUCUUAGUCAGCAAGUUAUAGGAGGACAUUAGUAUGAUGUAGGAGGGAGAUUCAGACUGCCUACAAGAUCAAGUGAAAGCGAUAGAAAGCAAAUUGAAUGCUGUCUACUCAUUUCUACAUUUUUACAAGAAAGGGUUAAGCAUCGAACUGAUCAAGCAAAAUGAAAUUGAUGUGCAGCCUGUAGCAGUAGCAAUUGUUAUGGGGGUUUAAUUAUGCAUCAUGAUCUCUGUGCCUGUUUUCCAUUUCCCCCACGAUUUAAAAAAUGAUUGUACAUUUCUAAUAACCACCAUUGUGAAAUAACAAGAUGAAAUUCACAGUAUCUGGGGAAAAGAAAGAAAAGAAUUAGAAUGGUUUAGAAGUAAUACUGAACUCCCUAAACAGCCAGUCGCUUUCUUGUCUUCGCAAAGCAGUUUCAAGUCAACAUGAUCUAGAUUGAUAUUUUACUCGUCUUAUGUCAUUUUAUAUGGAAAUGGUACCGUUUCUUACGAGUGUUCUCUGAUCCAUGUUUUGUAAAAUAAAGACCUUCAAAAAAAACUAGUUGUUCUCAGUGUAAAUGUUUAAAGUGUCUUUAAUCAAGGUGAUUUGAUUAAAAAAAACACAUUUCU